UGUCUAGAUCGUCUACACACACACACACUCACUGUUACAGUCAUAGGGUGUUUCAGCAACGCUAAGUGUUGCAGUUGCAGCACAACACACAAAAUGCCUCUCUCAUCCUCUUUUACGUUAACACCCAUACCCACAAGGAUCGCUUCAACGCACUCUUCCCAAACUACCCUUCUCAGAUUCAACUCCCUUCCACGCCCCCUCCUUCCCCUCACCACACGCAAGUCCACGCGCCUCCACGCCACAACGCGAUGCCUCUUCACCGGCAUCGUCGAAGAAAUGGGCACCGUCAAGCAACUCGGCAUGGCCCCUCACGGCGGAUUCGAUCUCAAAAUCGCGGCGAAGACGGUCCUCGACGGUGUCAACCUCGGCGACAGCAUCUCCGUGAACGGCACGUGCCUGACGGUGACCGAGUUCGACGGGAAAGUAUCGGACUUUACGGUGGGGUUGGCGCCGGAGACGCUGAGGAAGACUUCACUGGCGGAAUUGGAACCUGGAUCGUUGGUGAAUCUCGAAAGGGCAGUGACACCCACGAGCCGAAUGGGUGGGCACUUUGUGCAGGGUCACGUGGAUUGCACGGGGGAGAUUGUGUCUAUGGUUCCUGAAGGUGAUUCGCUUUGGGUGAAGGUGAGGGCUGAGAAGGAGUUGCUUAAGUAUGUUGUGCCUAAAGGGUUUAUAGCUGUUGAUGGAACUAGUUUGACUGUAGUUGAUGUGUUUGAUGAUGAAGGGUGUUUCAAUUUCAUGUUGGUGGCGUACACUCAGCAGAACGUGGUUAUUCCUUUGAAGAAGGUUGGGCACAAGGUCAAUCUUGAGGUUGAUAUUCUUGGCAAGUAUGUGGAGAGGCUUCUCAGUAGUGGUUUUGUUCAAUCCAUUGCUAAUUCUUGAUGCCACUCUAUACUUUUGUUGGAUUAUUAGCGUUUUUUGAAUUCGUGUUUAGAUGUCUAUGGAUUCAUUCAACCCUAUUAGUUGUUGUAUCUUAUGAAUUGGAUCCGCGGUUAUAGGUCUUCAAACGUGAAUCCAAACAUUCAGUUUCUUCUUUUCCUUACUGAAAAAGAAAACAAAAUAAAUGUUGGUGGUUUUGUAUACUUGUUUGCCAAUCUGAGAGAUAUUUUCAAUUUGCUCUUGCUCUUCAUGAGGUAACUCCUUCUUACUAUAUAUGUGCUGAAAGGAAAUGUGAUUUUUGGCUUGGAAUGGUUCUGAUGUGGCUAGGUUAGGAACUAGAUAAGAGGCUGAGGCAUUGAACUGGAUAUAAAUGCCGCGUAAAUUGUAACGUUUGUGUUCACUAUGGAAUUGAGUCAGCUUUGUUCAGCUUAUGUGGUGUGUGUUUGGUUAUUCUUAUGUGUCUAUUUUUUUGUCUUAAACGUAGAUUUUGUUGAAGUGAUCCUGAUCCUAGAAUAAGUAAACUGGUUUAUACAAGCCAUAGUACUAAAGAGUGACCUUGCGUCAAGUGACUAUGAGACUUUAUGUAGUCAAGCUUUAAAAAGAAGAUUUUAUGCUACUUGAGCUAUU